UCGAGAGCCAUGACGGGAGAUCGUUGGAUAAGCGCACAGAGGGGUCAUAAACCUCUACGAAUUUCCUAAAUCACAACCUCCACUCGAACGAAGUGAGAAGUGAUGUUGUGGUCACGUGAUUACUAAUUUUAGUUCUUUUGCAUGCAAGUUUUUAUCUUCGUUUUAUAUUCGUUUUAUCAAGCUUUACGCGUUUAUAUUCGACGCACACGGUCACUUACGUGCUGCGUCUGAUUCUCCGACAAAGUUUCGGUUUAGCUCUCAUUAUCUGGCAACACUGGGACGCCAGUCGUGCUUGGUCGUGCUCGCGUUCGUGCUCUGGCGCUCGAUUUGUACUUCAACUCGUGUUCUGAUCUAUUGUGAACUAUUUAAGAGCGAUAUUCUGCACCUCGGGACAAGCUGGCCUGGAAAACGAGAACGGUUCUAUAAUGGCAGACAUCACCUGUCUUGUAGAGGUGAUGCCAGCUGGUGUGAAGCGAAAGUGCCGCCUGUGGACGCAGACUCUUGCAGGACUUAAAAUUGCGGUUGCGACGUGCAGCGUUUUGAGCGAGUACGCCGGUAACGACAAUGACAGAUAUCAGAUAUUUGACAAGGAUUUCGAUGAAUUCGUGGAACUUUCUCCGGACGACACCAUUGAAAAUAUGUCCCGCAUACGGAUUGUUCAGGAGACAGCCCAGGCAGCGAAGGCAGGAGGAAGCGCCGCAGAGGUUGCGCAGUCUGCCACUCCACUGUCGCAACGAAACGAAACGGAACAACAUGCCAUACAGCAGGACACAGUGGCCGCUGUACUCGAUGUGGAGGACUUGGGGAGUAUAAACAAAUCAUUCUACAUAGAAGAAAACACCGCAUCUGAUGACGAUGGAAAGUCCUACUCACUUCCUCAAUUUGGGGUGUUGGAUGCUGCAAUCAAAAAUGGUGAAGCCCUAAAGCCAUCAGUACACUGCAAAAUUGUUGACCUUCUUUUCCAGUCCAUGGUCAACCUCACCAUCUACCCAUCAAAGAAGUUUUACUUUAAGGCAGUGAACUUGCUGCUUGUGCGAUAUCCAUGUCUUACCGAUGUUACUGGUUCUGGCUACGAUUCAUGGAUUGUUGCCUUAAGGAACAAAUUCAAAAACGAGCGGCGUAAGGUGCAGUCAAACAGAAGGGUCGUUGAAGCAAGGGAGCAGUUUGCUACGUCAAGGAAAAGAGUAGCAAACGUUGAGGAAACAGACUUUUCCGAGGAAACACUUCAAAGAAGAAAAGUGAAGAAAGUAGCUCAUAAUCAUGUAAGUGCCUCUGGUGCGGAGGAUGAGGUCAGCAUUACAGAGCAUGAACAAUGGCUCCUAAAAGAAGCAAAAAGGCCUGAGCCUGAUGAGGUUCAGGUCAUGAGUCGAAUGGAUGCCACCUUCAGCCGAAGAGCCGCAGCGCUGGCAGAACUCCCCUCCAUAUCCACAGUGAAGGAGCGCUUCCCGUAUCUCAUGGAUUCCGCAAGGUUUUGUAGGGAAUACCAAAGACUUCAGGGUGAAGACCCUCUAUGUGGUACGUCAUCUGGAUUAAAGAAGAUCAGGGAGCUUGCUGUGUCACGAAGAAUAAAAUGCAAAGAGGACCUCCUCCAGAAAAUAGAGGAAGCACCAUCCCUCUCAUGCGGUGAAACACGUCGGAACCAUGUCCUCGCCAUCUAUGCCCUUCAGGUAAUCUGCGACAACAUGAAGGAGCCUGCAGCAUGUGGAACCUUCUUUGUAAAAAGUGGUAUGAAUGUUCCCGUCACACCCUGUAUUGUAUAUUCAGGGAAUGACAUAAGCAGUGCCGAAGACCUGUUCUUGUACAUAGACAAAGAAAAACUGUUCCGCACCAUUAACGCAGAAGAGGGCAUUGCGGUAUUGAUGUCGGCAUACUUCAUACUGCACAUAAUUUAUCCAAAGGCAGCGUAUAACACAGCCUGUAUAUUAGAAAGGCUUUGUCUUUCAGCUCCAGUCUCCCGUCUCCGCCCUGUGGCUGUUAAAUUUUUCAAUAUAUGGAACCAAACUCUGUAGAGAAUGUGGCACUGUAGAAAUGACUAAUAAACCCUUUGUUCAUUUC